AUGAUUACAAGUGCAGCUCAGAUGAUACAUUGUCAUAUACAAGAUGGAAGCAAAGGAUUCCAAUUCAAUCUCACAGUUGUGUAUGGAUUUAAUACCAUUGAGCAGAGGAAGAGUUUGUGGAGUGAUAUGAUCCAGAUAGGAAAAAGUGUUAACCACCCUUGGAUUAUUGUGGGAGAUUUUAAUGCUAUGUUGUCUCCCAAAGAUAGGUUAGCUGGUGUUCCUGUCAAUGCGAAUGAGAUAAAAGAUUUCUCAAAUUGUGUCAAGGUCAUGGGACUUAAUGAGGUGCAAUGGAAAGGUAAUUACUACACAUGGAACAACAAGCAGAGUGGUAAUGCAAGGAUUUCAAGCAGGAUUGAUAGAACUUUUGGGAAUGAGGCUUGGAUGGAUAAAUGGGGACAUGUCAUACUAGAAUAUGGCAAUCCAGGGGUCUCAGAUCAUAGUCCAAUGCAUUUGAUACUUCAGCAAAGUUAUCAGCAAGUAAAAGUAAACUUUAAGUUUGUUAAUAUAUGGACUGAACAUGAAUCCUUCUUGGACCUUGUGGAGAAAUUGUGGAAACAAGAGAAAGGAAAGGACUCAAUGAAGAUGGUGUGGAACAAACUGAAGGCCCUUCAACAUGUUCUAAAGCAAUUGAAUAAUAGAGAGUUCAAAUUCAUUAGCAAACAGAUUGAAGAAGCUAGAAAUGAGCUUGCAGAAGUGCAAAAUCAGCUCAGUAAUCAAGCAAAAGAUGAGUUAAUAGAUAAAGAAAAGGAACUCCUUACAAAACUUGAAAAAUGGUCUAUGUUAGAAGAAAAUGCACUCAGGCAAAAAUCAAGAGCAAUGUGGAUUAAGUAG